AUGGUUCAUAGCUUGCAAGAUGUUCUGUCAUACAGUCACUUUUCGAAGCCUUUCGAAGAAUUCCCUGAUAUACCACCUAUGAUCUCGGCUCUGGACGGGAGUGCUCUAUAUGACGAUGGCUGGUCUAGCCUUGUGAAAUUUCUCAUUGCAGUCAAUGAUGUGGCAAACUUGUAUCGUUACGUUGAAUCCCGUGGCACUCAUUUCUUUGGUCCUACAGUGGAGGUGCACGAGUGGGACCCUUACCAAUGGGACCCUUUCCAAAUGGCUGCAAAGAACGGCAGCAUCGAUGCGCUUCGCGCUCUUAUGGAAAUUUAUCAAUCAGACAACAGUCAAACGGACUCGACUGAGACUCAAGAAGAUUCGACUGCUAAAUGUCGCGUGCUUCUAUGGCCGAUUCGAGAUGGCGGAUUUCUCCUGAGCUGCGGUCCUCCCUUAGGGGCACAGUUGAAUGAUCGAGAUUCCACUGACUCGCCUCUUUUAUCCGCAGUAAAAGCACUCGGAGGUGGAGAUCACAGCGGGGGGGGGGGGGGAGUGAAUUUGAUAAUACCGAUAUUGAAAAAUUCGUCUGUCGGCUAUUGGACAGAGGCCAACAGUCAUUAUGCCAACAACGAUCGAUCCGAUUAUCCAGACUUACAUGAAACUGUGCUUGGAGUUGCUGCUCCCUAUGGAAGCUAUAAACUAGCCUCUCGCCUUAUCGCCGAAGGAGCUAAUAUUCACGCCCAGCAGAUAUGGCAUGAUGUGUGGGGAGGCGAUGUUGACAAAGUCACCGCCCUGCACUUAGCUAGUGGGUCCUGGAACGUGGAGUUUAUCAAAGCAUUGGUUGAAAAUUAUGGCGAUGGUCAGCUCGCUGAGGCACUUACUGUAGCUGACAGUGAAGGACGGCUGCCACUCCACUGGGCGCUGUUUGGCCUUCGGUCCUCUGACCGAUGA